AUGGACCAAGAGAAAAAGGGCCCGUCGGGCUUGGAGAACCUGUCCCUAGAACAGAGUGCCAAGUCUGGCCAAGUCGAGGACCUCAACGUAGAGCCUGGCCAUGAGCUUCACAAGCGUCUCGAAACCCGUCAUGUUACGAUGAUUGCGCUUGGCGGCGCUCUGGGAACAGGAUUGUUGAUUGGAACUGGCUCUGCCCUCGUCAAGACAGGCCCGGCUGGAAUCCUCAUCGACUAUUCCAUCAUCGGCUGUCUCGUCUUCCUCGUCAUGGCCGCCCUAGGCGAGAUUAUCUCAUACAUGCCUCUAUCCCAUGGCUUCGGUGGUUAUGCAACACGUUUUGUCGACCCGGCACUUGGUUUCGCAACUGGCUAUACCUACUUCUUCAAGUACCUCUUGGCAACGCCCAAUCAGCUCUCUGCCUUCGCUCUCAUCAUGAAGUUCUGGGUUGGCGAACGCGUCAACCCGGCUGUCUUUAUCACAAUUGCCCUGGUUCUCAUUCUCUUGAUAAAUAGCAUCAGCGUCAAGGCUUUUGGCGAGUUCGAAUUCUGGCUUUCUUCUUUGAAGGUUGUCAUCAUGGUCGGGGUUAUCCUGCUACUGUUCAUCUUGGCCCUUGGCGGAGGCCCCACUGGCGACCGUCCCGGAUUCCGAUACUGGUCCGAUCCGGGUGCAUUUGCUACGUACAAGGUCGAGGGCGCCCAAGGCCGUCUUCUCGGUGUGUGGAGCGCCAUGGUCGCCGCCGUCUACGCUUUCACAGGAACCGAGCUUGUCGGUGUGACAGUAGGCGAGGCCAGCCACCCACGGCUCAGCAUGCCACAGGCUGUCCGCUUGACAUUCAUGCGCAUCGUCUUCUUCUAUGUCAUCUCCGUCUUCCUGCUGGGAAUGGUGGUCCCUUACAACAGUGCCGAACUCGUCUUCGCCGCAUCAGCCAAGACCAGCGCCGCUGCCUCGCCAUUCGUGGUCGCCAUCACUAUCGCCAAGAUCAAGGGCCUCGACCACGUCAUCAAUGGCUGCCUCGUCGUCUUUGUGUUCUCGGCCGCCAACUCCGAUAUCUACAUCUCUUCCCGUACGCUGUACGGCAUUGCUGCUGAUGGCAAAGCCCCCCGUAUCUUUACGCGUACCACCAAAGCCGGCGUGCCAUUCAUGGCGCUAGGUUUGUGUGGAGCGUUUUGCUGCUUGGCGUACAUGUCUGUCAGUUCCGGCGCCGCAGCAGUGUUUGGCUAUUUGACCAACGUCGUCACUGUUUUUGGCUUGCUGACCUGGAUCUCUAUUCUGGUGUCCCACAUUUUCUUUUGCCGCGCUCGCGAAGCCCAAGGUAUCGAUUCGGCAUAUAUUCCCUACCGUGCUCCUUUGGGAAUUUGGGGUUCCUAUAUUGCUGUCGGAUUCCUCAUCAUUUUGACGCUUACCAAGGGCGUCGAGGUCUUUGUCGGUUCUUUUGAUUAUAAGAACUUCAUUGUGCAGUACAUUGGUAUCCCCGUGUACCUAACGUGCAUAUUUGGAUUCAAGUUCUUGAAGAGGACCCGCCGUGUUCGCUCAGCCACGGCUGAUUUGGUAACAGGUGUGCCGCGUGAGACUGUGGCUGAAGAGAGGGAGGCAUUCGAGGCCGAGAGGCGAGAAAAGGAGGCUGCUCCUGGGAAGAAGGGUGUAUUGGCCAAGGUUUAUCGCAAGGGGUUUGCGUGGCUGUUUUAG